UGAUGCUGGCAUCUAUAAAUGUGUUGUCAGCAGCGUGGAGGAGGGAGACUCUGAAGCCACCGUCAAUGUGAAAAUUUUCCAAAAGCUCAUGUUCAAGAAUGCCCCCACUCCUCAGGAAUUCAAGGAAGGGGAUGAUGCUGUGAUUGUGUGUGAUGUGGUCAGCUCGCUGCCUCCUACCAUCAUCUGGAAACACAAAGGCAGGGAUGUCAUCCUGAAAAAAGAUGUUCGGUUUAUAGUGCUGUCCAACAACUACCUGCAGAUCCGGGGAAUCAAGAAAACAGAUGAGGGGACGUACCGCUGUGAGGGCCGCAUCCUGGCUCGUGGGGAGAUCAACUUCAAAGACAUUCAGGUCAUUGUAAAUGUACCUCCUUCUGUGCGUGCCAGGCAGAGCACUAUGAACGCCACUGCCAACCUCAGCCAGUCUGUCACCUUAGCAUGUGAUGCUGAUGGCUUUCCUGAGCCAACCAUGACGUGGACAAAGGAUGGAGAGCCGAUAGAGCAGGAGGACAAUGAAGACAAAUACAGUUUUAACUACGAUGGGUCUGAGCUGAUCAUCAAGAAGGUGGAUAAGAGUGAUGAAGCAGAGUACAUCUGCAUUGCUGAGAACAAGGCUGGCGAGCAGGAUGCCACCAUUCAUCUCAAAGUCUUUGCAAAACCCAAAAUCACGUACGUGGAGAAUAAAACAGCGAUGGAGCUGGAGGACCAGAUCACAUUGACCUGUGAGGCAUCUGGGGACCCAAUCCCUUCCAUCACGUGGAAAACCUCCACCCGGAACAUCAGCAACGAAGAGAAGGCUUCGUGGACCCGGCCCGAGAAACAAGAGACCCUGGAUGGGCGCAUCGUGGUGCGCAGCCACGCGCGGGUUUCGUCCCUGACUCUCAAAGAAAUCCAAUACACAGAUGCUGGAGAGUACGUGUGCACAGCCAGCAACACCAUCGGGCAGGACUCGCAGGCCAUGUACCUGGAAGUGCAGUAUGCUCCCAAGCUUCAGGGCCCUGUGGCCGUCUAUACCUGGGAAGGGAAUCAAGUGAACAUCACCUGUGAGGUAUUUGCUUACCCCAGUGCUGUCAUCUCCUGGUUCCGGGAUGGACAGCUGCUCCCCAGCUCAAACUACAGCAACAUCAAGAUCUACAACACUCCAUCAGCAAGCUACCUGGAGGUGACACCAGACUCUGAAAAUGACUUUGGGAACUACAACUGCACUGCUGUGAACCGCAUUGGCCAGGAAUCCUCAGAGUUCAUUCUUGUGCAGGCGGAUACUCCGUCCUCUCCUUCUAUUGACAGAGUUGAGCCCUACUCUAGUACUGCCCGCGUGGAGUUUGAUGAGCCUGAAGCUACUGGUGGGGUGCCCAUCCUCAAGUACAAAGCAGAGUGGAGAGCACUGGGUGAAGGAGAAUGGCACUCGAGAUUGUAUGAUGCAAAAGAAGCAAAUGUGGAGGGCACAAUCACUAUCAGUGGCCUGAAACCUGAGACAACCUACUCGGUGAGACUGUCUGCAGUCAAUGGCAAGGGUGUGGGUGAGAUUAGUCUGCCAUCCGACUUCAAGACACAGCCAGUUCGUAUCCCUCACUCACAAGGGGAACCCAGUGCACCCAAACUGGAAGGGCAGAUGGGAGAAGACGGAAACUCCAUCAAAGUGAAUGUUAUCAAGCAGGAUGACGGUGGCUCCCCAAUCAGGCAUUACCUGAUCAAAUACAAAGCUAAACAUUCCUCAGAAUGGAAGCCAGAGAUCAGACUGCCUUCUGGCAGUGACCAUGUAAUGCUCAAGUCUCUGGAUUGGAAUGCAGAGUAUGAGGUUUAUGUGAUAGCUGAAAACCAGCAAGGGAAGUCCAAACCUGCUCACUAUGCUUUCCGGACAUCUGCUCAGCCUACUGUCAUCCCAGCCAGCACUAGCCCUACGUCAGGCCUGGGGACUGCUGCCAUCGUAGGCAUUCUCAUUGUUAUCUUUGUGCUGCUCCUGGUGGCUGUGGAUGUCACCUGCUACUUCCUGAACAAAUGUGGCCUGCUGAUGUGCAUUGCUGUCAACUUAUGUGGCAAGUCUGGACCAGGAGCCAAGGGCAAAGACAUGGAGGAGGGCAAAGCUGCCUUCUCGAAAGAUGAGUCCAAGGAGCCUAUUGUGGAGGUGCGGACUGAAGAGGAGCGGACCCCCAACCACGAUGGGGGAAAACACACAGAGCCCAACGAGACCACACCACUGACAGAACCAGAGCACACCGCCGAUACCGCAGCUACUGUUGAGGACAUGCUGCCUUCUGUAACUACGGGCACCACUAACUCUGACACUAUCACUGAAACUUUUGCCACUGCUCAGAACAGCCCCACCAGUGAGACCACCACCCUGACCUCCAGUAUUGCCCCACCAGCCACGGCCAUUCCUGACUCAAACGCCAUGUCGCCUGGCCAGGCUACUCCAGCCAAAGCGGGAGCUGCCCCGGUCUCUCCGCCACCACCCUCUUCUACGCCCAAAGUGGCUCCCCUUGUUGAUCUCAGCGAUACCCCAAGCUCUGCUCCAGCUACUAACAAUUUGUCUUCAAGUGUCCUGUCCAACCAAGGUGCGGUGCUGAGCCCCAGCACUGUUGCUAACGUGGCCGAGACCUCCAAAGCAGCAGCUGGUAACAAGUCAGCUGCCCCAACCCCUGCAAACCUCACUAGCCCUCCAGCUCCAUCAGAGCCCAAGCAGGAGGUCUCAAGCACCAAGAGCCCCGAGAAAGAAGCUGCGCAGCCCAGUACAGUGAAGAGCCCAACAGAGACAGCCAAGAACCCGAGCAACCCGAAGAGUGAGGCUGCUUCAGGCGGCACCACAAACCCCUCCCAGAAUGAGGACUUUAAAAUGGACGAAGGGACCUUCAAGACACCAGACAUUGAUCUUGCAAAGGAUGUUUUUGCAGCUCUUGGCACUACUACUCCUGCCAGUGUGGCUAGCGGGCAAGCUCGUGAGCUUGCUUCUUCCACUGCAGACAGCUCUGUACCUGCUGCACCUGCAAAGACCGAGAAAACCCCAGUAGAAGACAAACCUGAAGUGCAAGCAACGGAACUAAGACACCUCCAGCAGAAGUGAAGACGGUCCCCAACGAAGCCACACAAACAAAUGAAAAUGAGAGCAAAGCAUGAUCAGCAACAGAUGAAAAAACAUGGCAGAACGACUUCACCCAAGCAUUUACAACACGAAACACAACACACAUCUCAUUCCUCUAGUGUCUGUUGCCUUUUUUUUAAAAAAAAAAAACAAACAAAACAGAAAAUGCAUAAAUGGGGAGGGGGGGGUUCUCUCUUUUUUUCUUUUUUUCUUUUUUUUUCUUAAGAUUUUUAGGAAGGUUCUAUUUGUCGUGCACUUGCUUUUAAAAAGUAAUACGUUUUGAAACAGGGUUUAACCCAUCACCAGAUCGGGGGCUCAGCUGUCCCCUGGUAUGUUCAGAAUUGCAAAAUACCACUUACAGCAUCGCUGAGGAGCUCAGAGUCAACCAGUCUUAGAUGAAAGGAAAAAAGAGAAAAGAAAAAAGAAGACCCUGUUCUUUCCUUGGUUAGAAUAGUAGAUAUAACCACUGUACUGCUUGCCUACUUGGUACAGGUGGUACUUAGUGAACAAAGUCCACAAUUUAUUUUUAUACUUUUCAGUCAAGUUUGAAAUAUGUAAAGCCUCAUAAAUAAGUUAUAAUUUCUGUUCACCUUGUGUUCAGUAUGCAAAGUGUCGUGAGCAUUUUGUGGCUGAAUUCUGUUCUCCACUUUAGACAUUGAUUUGGGGGGUUAUUCUUUUUGUUAGGAAGAAUGCCAAAAUUGCAGCUUUGGGGGAUGUAUUUCAAUUUGCAGUAUUCAGACUCUACAUUUCUUUAAAUUUUAUGUUAAUUUUUGCCAACUUUUGUUCUCUCCAGUGUUUACAAUUGACAAUUUUUUUUUUAACUUUUGUUGUGUUUAAAUGUAUUUGUAAAAUAGCUGCCUUUUUUUUUUUAAAGUAAAUCCAGACUCUAGCUACUAGGUUAGCAGCAUGCUUGCUUUGCAAAGGGAGACAUUUUAAAAUAUCGAUGUUUACAGUAGUUUCCCCUUUAUCUUUUUUAAUUAUUAUUAUUAUAAUUAUUAUUAUUAUU